AUGUUUAAUUCACGUCUUUUGGAUGUUCCAGCUGUAAUUUUUGACAACGGAUCGGGAUUAUGUAAAGUUGGCCUCUCGGGAGAGAUUGGACCCCGUCAUGUCAUCAACUCGGUGGUGGGUCACCCGAAAUUCAGCAUACCUUCAGCAAGAGCAAAUCGUAAAAGGUACAUUGUAGGUAAAGAAGCCCAGAACAGAUAUGAUAGCUUGUAUUUGCACUACCCCAUUGAGCGUGGGCUUAUAACCCGAUGGGAUGACAUGGAGAAACUCUGGUACAAUCUUUUUGCUUUGAAACUAAAAGUUAGACCCACGGAACAGCCAGUGCUGAUUACAGAACAUUCAUUGAACCCAAGGAAUAUUAGGGAGAAAACUGCCGAAAUUAUGUUUGAAAAAUUUGGGGUUCCUGCAUUGUACCUGCUCAACCAUGCUGUAGGAGCACUCUCUGCUACUGGCCUUGUUACCGGCCUGGUAUUGGACAGUGGUGAUGGUGUCACUUCUACUGUCCCCAUUUAUGAGGGCUACUCUCUGCCUCAUUCCAUCUCCACGCUCUAUGUGGCAGGGAGGGAUAUAACUGAGCACCUCAUAAGGCUCCUCCUAUCUCGAGGAUAUAUCUUCCCGUGUCUUCUCAACAAAGCAGUGGUGGAUGACUUAAAAGAAAAACUCUGCUUUGUCAGCUUGGAGCCUAACCAAGAAUAUCAAAACAGACAGCACGAAUUCUACAGACACUACAAAUUGCCAGAUGGGAAUGUCAUCCACAUUGGGGACCAUCUGCGCAGGGUUCCGGAGGUUCUUUUUGCCCCAGGGAGGCUAGGAACACAUGACCCAGGACUUCCUAAAAUGGUCUGUAACAGUGUUGAGAAGUGUGACCCUGACAUCCAGAAGCAACUCUUUGAAGAGAUCGUAUUCUCUGGAGGCAACACUCUCUUCCCAGGUUUAGAGGAAAGGCUCAUGAAGGAUCUGGAACCACUAGUUCCCAUGGGAACCCCACUAAAGAUAACAGCUUCUCCAGACAGAUGUUUCUCUUCCUGGAUUGGUGCAUCCGUCCUGACAUGUUUGAGCACUUUCAAGCAGAGAUGGGUCACCUCUGCCGAAUUCAAGGAAUUUGGGAAGUCUGUUGUUCAGAGAAAAUGUUUUUAA